AUGACGUUGGCGAUAGAGAGUUCUAACGUGUACACGGCGCUGGGCGUCGCCAUCAGCGUGAGCGGCGUCGCUCAGGUCAAAGUUCACGGUCAGAACAAGGAGAUGCUGGAAGCGGCGUGUCAACAGUUCCUCGGCAAGAGCGACGAAGAAGUGGAGAACAUAGCGAAGGAGACCCUCGAGGGUCACCAGAGAGCAAUUAUGGGCAAUAUGACUGUGGAGGGAUACCUGAGUUCACUCGGUCAGGCACGCAUAGCCGAGGUGACGAGAGAUGCUAGGAUAGGAGAGGCAGAGGCGACGCGCGACUCUGAGAUUAGGAAAUCUCUCGCCACAGAGCAGACGAUGCGAUCUAAGUAUGAGAACGAUAUCGAGAUUGCUCGUGCAAAGCGAGAGUUUGAACUGAAUCAAGCCAUCUAUCAAACGGAAAUCAAUAUGGCGAAGGCACACGCUGACCUUGCGUAUGACCUCCAGGCUGCCAAGACUCAACAGAAGAUCAUGGAUGAGAAGAUGCAGAUAAAGGUGGUGGAGAGGAGCCAGCAGAUUGCUGUGCAGGAACAGGAGAUACUGCGGCGAGAGAAGGAGCUGGAGGGACAGGUCCGUCGCCCCGCUGAGGCAGAGAAGUACAGACUGGAGAUGCUAGCUCAGGCAAAGAGAAACCAGACGAUUCUUCAAGCCGAGGCGGUGGCAGAGAGUAUACGGGUGAAAGGAGAAGCUGAGGCCUUUGCAAUAGAAGCCAAGGCGAAGGCGGAGGCAGAACAGAUGGCGAAGAAAGCCGAUGCGUGGCUGGAGUACAAAGAAGCUGCCAUGGUGGACAUGGUGCUUGACAUACUACCCGAGAUCAUAGCCAAUGUUACGAAGCCGCUGAAAAAGACCAAUCGUAUAGUGAUGGUGUCCAGUGGUAACAGUGAUGUCGGAGCGUCUAAGCUUACAGGAGAAGUCAUCAAUAUCGUUAACCAGCUCCCUACCAUCGCGAAGAGCAUGACUGGACUCGACGUUAGCUCGAUACUGGAUGCUGCACAGAAGCGGGCAUGAUGGAGUCAGCGCUAUAAAUACACCAGUCUCGUGAUAUACCAAAGAAACAGGAGGAGCGGCGGCCAGGCAACCUAACGGAACUACCAGAAAGAGGUGAAUUUACGUUCGUGGGUGGGUGCGUGCAUGUGCAUGCGGCGUAUAAUAUACUGUAGAAUAUUUAUAAUAGAAGUAUUUGGCUAUCCCUACUUUCCCAAUGUUGUAACAAACGUCCUGCUAGCAUAGUACCAGGAGCUAAUAAUGACAAAUUGAAUAAUAAUUUGUCAUUAUUAGCUCCUGAUAGUGCCAUGAUAUUCCGGAUGAUUGUUUUUCCUAUAUUUCCGUUUCCAAUAUAACGUUUUCUUGUCAUUUGCUCUAUUAAUAGUAUUCUAAUGAAUUCCUUUUCAUGUUUUACAAUAUUGUCGUACAGCAUUCUACUAACAAUCCAAAUAAAAAAAAGACAAAUAAAAAGAUAAAACUGCAGUGAAUGGCGACAAAAUGUAUUUUGCACAAGUGAAAAGAUUAUUUACUGAUCUGUGGCCAAUUGUAUGAUGUAACACACAAGAUUUAUAUGGGUAGACCUCAUCAUAUGAAUAUACUAUAAAAACGAAA